CCUUAUGACCGGGCUCCUUGGCCGGAGGUAGCCCAGAAAAAUUGAUAGCGGAACUCGUACUAAUAUCAACCAAUUAGCAUGUGGAUCUCGUUGGAGGCAGGCUAAGAAAACAAUAGUAAUUUGAAGAGAAGUUGUUGAACCAUUGCAAUAGCAACGCAACAUAAAAUUAUCAGCACUAAAAUGGCCAUUCUGAAAACUUAGUUAACAAAGCUAAAAUGUAAACAUAUUAAAUUGAAGAAAAGAGCUAGUUUAUCUCCAAUUGUUCAAACAUUCUGAAUUAUUUUCAUAAAGGCUACCCACAACCCAGAAGCUAAAAGUCAAGGGGUUAAAUGCUAAAUGAUCUUUUAAAUCAGAUACAACUAUGGAAUCCCAACAAAUAAUCCCUCCUGCAAUUUUCAGUUUUAUGCUUAAUAAGUCUUAACUUAUGAACACUUAAACUUAUUUUCCAUUUAAUUUGCAAAUUUACACAUCUUUUCCUUCUCCUCCAAACCAUCUAGUUCUCUCACACAGUGUACUCUUAAGAUUUUAAAAUCUUAAGAUUUUACAAUUCAAAUCUAUGAGUCACACUAACCACUAUCGACCAUCAUCAAUUCACGUCAACGUAUUAAUCAUCAUCGAAUCACCAUUUCCCAACAUUAACUUUGAUAAAUUGGAACAUUAACCUUGAGAAAUUAUCAUUGUAAGUGUUACGUAUUUUGUGUUAUUCAUGAUUUUUCUUAUUAAUAAUAUUUUUUAUUCGUUUUUAUAUGGACCUUAAUCCUACGAUUUUACUAUUCGAUUUUAUGAUUCCGAUUUUACCCCCAUUUUUUAUUUUAUGUAAAAUCCCACUUUUGACAGCUAGUCAUAUGUUGCACAUACUACCAGAAUAGGGCAACAUUACAUGUUUUUGUAUGAACGAGGAGGGUAUACAUGGAAUCAAGUUGAAUAAGGAAAAGGAAACGAGACAUUCUUGGAAUAGGAAAACCGAUCACGCGCAGAAGAGAAAAACGUUGCAUCCUAUUCGCUUUGGACUCGAAAAUGAGAAUUGCAUACAUAACAACUAACAGGCGGACCGAUCUUUACUUUUGUUUGUCCCCCCUUCAAUCAAUUCAUUCAACCGACAUGCCGUUGGAGCUCGAAAUAACCACCAUUAUUUCCGCGACACCCACAUACUGCAUCUACUCCAGGCCAACAACACUUCAAUCAUCAUGGAGACAGUUGAGGCGCAGUCCUAGAAGUGAGCACUCGAUCUGUCCUCUCUGACAUCGUACGGCUUCCAUGCCUCUCUUUUCGAUCCCGAGAGCAAACGAAUUCGCACCACAUUGUGGCUGCGAAGUCCCACGUGGCACGCACUGUGGAAGAACUAUAGGGUAAUUAGCGCCCACCUGGGGUCGGUUCAAUCACAUGUGUCCUUCGACCCCAGCAAGGCAUGGUUCUGCAACGGUUUGGCCGACCGGGUCAUAAAGAUAUGGGACGUGGCGAGCGGGAGGAUAAGCAUACGUUGACAGGAUACGUAGGUCAAGUACGAGGCUUGACUGUGAGCCGGAGCCACACCUACAUGUUCUCUGGCGGGGAAGACAAACAAGUCAAAUGUUGGGACCUAGAACAGAAUAAGGUCAUUCGGUCCUACGUCGGCCACCUCAGUGGCGUCUAUUGCUUGGCUCUUCACCCGACCAUCGACGUCUUGCUCACCGGCGGACGUGACUCUGUGUGCCGCGUGUCGGACGUACAAACCAGGAAACAAAUCUUUUCCCAAGCCCUACAUGAAGAGACAGUGUGCUCGGUGUUGGCCCGUUCGAUGUAUUCAUAGGUGGUCACGAGCUCGCACGACUCGACUGUCAAGUUUUGGGACAUCAGGUACAGCAUAGCCAUGCUGAAUCUGACGACCAACUUGAAAUUGUACAUUUAGGUAUAGUUACAAGUUUGGGUUGUAUCAUAUAAGAAUUUUUUCGAAAGUGUAGGAGUUAAUAUAAUGGUCCAACCACAAGAUUGCAAGCAAAUAAGUUUAAAGAGCCUAUACAAGCAUAUUUGGUAGCAUAUUUUCCUUAUCUUGAGGAAAAUUAGCUCAAAGAAUGAUUUAUCAAAUCAGUGCUAGUCCAAGAAAAGAUUGAAGAAGCCUCAAGACCACCAACCCAAUUACUUCAAGCUUAAAUCAUCAAAAUUCAAUCUUUAACCUUCCAACACUGUUCCAAGUAUCUCGAGAUUGAAUUCGAAUUUCGUGAUCGUGUCAAUAAGAAAAUCAACUUCAUGUACGCUAUCUUCAAGCUACUGAUAAGUUGGAGGAUGUACUCACCAAACCACUCACUUUACUACCAUUUCGUCAAUUCUGAUCCAAGUUUCACCUCUCAGAGGUUCCACUUCGGGGGCUUGAUAGAGUAAACAUAUCUCUGAAGAUUUCGGUUGGACUUUGUCACUCCACAUCUUUGUGUUUCUUUUUAAAGUUUUAUUUAUUUAUUUAUGUUUUAAAGAUUGACUCGUUGAAUCCCAAUCAAAGGCCAAUUGUAACCUCCGACCGAGUGUAGCAUAGAGGAAGCAAUAUUAUCAACCUGGUAACGUUACUUCGGUUUCGGUUUGUUAUUUAGCCAAACAAUAGUUGAAGUUUAAGAAUCCAAACUAACCUAACAAUUACAACUACUAUAAUAUAUUAACUACAAGGUGGGAGCUCACUUAGGCAAGAAUCCCCUAGUUCAAAUAGAUUAGGUUGAUGUUGAAUACUACCCUAGAUUGAUUGACUCGAUAAUUCUAUCGUGAAGAAUCCUAGACUCACUUGGACCCCCAUUCGAGGCAUCCAAGACCAAGCUCACCUAAGAUGAACAACCCGGAGGGAGAUCAAGUUACAAAAUGAGUAAUUUACUCAAAUAUUGACAUUUGAGAAAUGUGGGCAUCUUCAAAUGUAUUGUUUUUUAAAAAUCUUAAGAUGAGUCACUUGUAUAAUGUUAUCAUUUUGUCGCUACAAUUAAUAUGUAUCAUUAUCUUGUUUCCCAUCACAAUAAAACUAACAAUGUAAUACAUGGUUUUGUACUGACUCAGCUGAUCGUACCAUAAAGAUAUGAGAUGUGGCCAAUGAGAGGUGAAAGUACUCACUGACUAGACACACUGACAAAUAGGAGGGGCUCAGCUAAUCGUACCAUAAAGAUAUGGAACGUGGCCAGCGGGAGGUUACACAUUGCCUGGACACACUGAACAAAUACGAGGUAACUAAUGAGAUAAAACAAAAGACUUCAGAAGGGUUCCAACAUAAAAGCAUUAAUCCGUUGAGCUAGUACAAAACCAUGUAUGAUGUUUUCAUUAUACAAUUUUAUCAUUUUGUUGAUACAAUUAAUAUGUUUCAUUAUCUUAUUUCCUAUCACAAAACAACGUAAUACAUGAUUUUGUACUGGCUUAGCUGAUCGUACCAUAAAGAUAUGAGAUGUGGCCAGUGGGAGGUUAAAGUACACAUUGACGGUACUCAUUAAACAAAUACGAGGUAACUAAUGAAAUAGAAACAAAAGACUUCAUAAGAGUUCCAACAGAAAAGCAUCAGAUGUUUAUUUUGCUGGUGGGUUUUACGUUGUGCCGACAUAUUGUAAUUUUGAUGUUAUUGAGCGGUGGGAGAAAUAAAGAAUGAGGUAUAAGGUCUUGUCAAGGACGGCUUGUGAUAUAAUUGCCUUUGUUUUAAUUCUAUUUUCUUUUCUCUUUUUCCUUGCAUGCAUCGACCAAGAAUGAAAUUUUUUUGAACUAAAGUUUUCUUAAUGCAUUGGGUUAGUUCUAUUGAUUUUUCUCUUUUAGGGUCUUUAAUCUCAAAAAUCAAAACAUGACGCACGGAAAGUAGCUCUUAGGUUUGAUCUUCAUUAAGAAACAUUGAGAGAGAGUCCCCGGACUCACAAUUAAUAUGUUUCAUUAUUUCGUUUCUUAUCACAAUAAAACUAAAUACGUAAUACAUGGUUUUGUACUGGCUCAACUGAUCGUACCAUAAAGAUACGAGAUGUGGCCAGUGAGAGGUUAAAGUACACAUUGACGGUACAUAAUGAACAAAGACGAGGUAACUAAUGAAAUAUAAGCAAAAGACUUCAUAAGGGUUCCGACAAAAAAACAUUGGGUGUUUAUUCUGCCGGUAGAUUUUAAAUGGUGCCGACAUAUUGUAAUUUUGAUAUUAUUGAGCGGUUGAAGGAAGAAAAAAUUAGUUAUAAGGUCUUAUCAAGGAUGGCUUGUGAUAUUUUGACUAUUCCUAUAACUAUAGUUUUCUCAGAAGCUGUCAUUAAUACUGAAAGGAGGAGUAUUUUAUCCAAGUCUUAGGACAUUGUAAAAAAGAAAAAAUAGUUCAAGCUCUUCUUUAAUUCCAAUUUCAUAUAAUUGCCUUUGUUUUAAUUCUAUUUCCUUUUCUCUUUUUCCUUGCAUGCAUCGACGAAGAAAGAAGUUCUUGUUGAACAAGACUUUUCUUUAUACAUUGGGUUAGUUUCUAUUAAUUUUUCUCUUUUAGGCUCUUUAAACUCAAAAAUAGAAACAUGAAGCUCGGAAAGUAGGUCAUGGGUUUGAUCUUCAUUAAGAAACACAGAGAGAGUCCUCAGACUCUACCAUUUCAUCGACGCUAAUUACGAUUGGCAUUGCACACUAUCAAGGUACAUUGUAGAAAAGAAAGCUAAAUGGGAAUGGAUCGUAUUGCGGUGAAUGGAGGAGAUAAUGUAUAUUGGGAAAUCCCUCUAAAUAGAGUUCAGAAAUAGCGGUAUCUAAAGGACAAUCGAAUCAUCUAUGUUGUUGACACUAGGGUAAGGUAUCUUUUUUCUUGUUCUAUGUCUAAAUCUUUAUAGAAUAAUAAAGUAUUGAUUGAAUUAGGAAGAAUCAGCCACAUGUCCUAGGUGAUCUGAUUUAUUUUGCCUUGGUGCUUGUUAAUAAUUAAAAAGGGGAAUAAGAUAAAUUGUGUUUCAUAUCCACAAUCUAAUUCAACAAAAUCCAUCAUGAAAUCCAAUAAGCAAACAAUGGUUUGGCUAAGACCCUAAUGAACUAAUUCUAUGAUAAAUUCAUGAUUUUAUA